AUGAUUGAUCAGUUCGCCAUAUUUACAGCACAGGGACAGCUUCUGUUCCAGUAUGCGUCGUUGAAGAAGCGCUUCUCGGAGCAGCUAUGCAACAAGUUUAUUCAUGAACUGAUAUCGCGGCCGCCUGCUAUUAAUGAAUCGAAGUUCGCCACGGUCUCAGUUGAUUCGCAUACGUUUAUCUUUCGCGAGACGAAGGCCACACGGCUGUUCUAUGUUGCCUCAUAUGCAUCUGCACCAUCGCUGACUCUGAACCACGAGGCAGAGCAGGUGGUGGACAUGUCUCUGCAGUUGUGGGAUUCGCUUGGACUUGACAGUGCGCUGAGGGCAGCGCGGAAAGAGCCGAAAGGCUCGAUUACUCUGGAAGCGGUCCAGGAGGAGCUUUUCAAGUUUGAGAAGUACUUUACCGUGAAGUAUGAGUCUAUGGUAGAGAAGGAGCUAAGUACAAAGAGCAUACGAGACUCGUCGCCUGCUGCCCAACAGCUGAAAAAGCCUACCAAUAAGAAGGCGACAACCGGUGGCACACAGAAGACCCGGAGGUGGAACUCCAAUGGGAUGUUGGACGACUCUAAUGUCAACGCCGAUCAGUUAGACUUUUCACCAAUACCAGACGACAUUUCUACCGCACCGGCCGAGGUGACCAAUGUGAACCAAAGCGACUUCGGUUCGCGCACUGAGGAUGGUCAGUUUUUGAUAAAGGAGAUCGAUAACAUGCUCUCGCAAGCAAAAAAAGAUUCGACUCGACAGCCUAGUUCUGCCGGGGCUCCUGCUGGCGUCUUGGGAUUCCUGAGGAAAAAGUGGCUAGGAAAUAAGACCAUCGACGAAGGAGAUCUGCAUGCUAUUCUUGAGAAGUUCAAGAAGCAUUUAAUUGGUAAGAACGUAGCCCCGGCUGCGGCUGAUUAUCUUACCUCUCGAGUCUCUGAACAACUCGUUGGACUAAAGACAGCUAGUUGGACUAGCGUGGAACAGACGGCUCGUGACGCGUUGGAACAGGCGCUGAUCAGUAUUUUAACCCCGGGGGUAUCAGUCGAUCUGUUGCAUGAGAUACAGAAGAAGGUUGGAAACAAGGUAGACGCAAAGUGCGAUCCAUAUGUAUUUUCGAUCGUCGGGGUAAACGGUGUGGGAAAAUCCACUAACCUAUCGAAACUAGCUUUCUGGCUGUUGCAAAACAAGUUUAAAGUUCUAAUUGUGGCAUGUGACACCUUCAGGUCAGGCGCGGUAGAACAAUUACGGGUCCAUGUAGAGAAUUUGGCUCAAUUGACCGACGAUAAUCAUGUGCGCGGCUCAAAAAACAAGCGAGGCAAAAGUGGUAAUGAUGCUGUGGAAUUAUUCGAAGCAGGCUAUGGCGGCUCUGAUCUUGUCACCAAGAUUGCUAAACAGGCUAUUAAAUACGCCCGAGAACAACAGUUUGACGUUGUGUUGAUGGAUACCGCAGGCAGAAGGCAUAAUGACGCUACAUUGAUGUCACCUUUAAAGUCUUUUGCAGACCAGGCGAAGCCCGACAAGAUUAUAAUGGUAGGAGAAGCGCUCGUCGGCACGGACUCCGUCCAGCAGGCUAAAAAUUUCAACCAAGCAUUUGGGAAGGAUAGAAAUCUGGACUUUUUUAUUAUUUCUAAGUGCGACACAGUAGGCGAGAUGUUGGGAACGAUGGUAAAUAUGGUCUAUGCCACGGGUAUCCCGAUAUUGUUUAUUGGUGUUGGGCAGACGUACACUGACCUCAGAACCUUGAGCGUUACUUGGGCAGUCAACUCGUUGUUAUCGUGA